AUGAUUAAGACUCCUGUCAAUUAAAUAAGACUGACUAAUGUUGCCAUCAUUAGACUGAAGAAAGGUGGCAAACGCUUUGAAAUUGCUUGCUAUAAAAACAAAGCAGUUAAUUGGAGAAAUAAGCAGGAGAGCAACCUGAGUGAAGUAUUAUAGAUUGACAAGAUCUACACAAAUGUUUCUAAGGGAGAAAUUGCAAAUAAAAAAGACUUCAAGGUUUUCGGAGAUCUUUCUUAUGAUGAAAUUAUCAUGGAGAUCUUGAAUAAAGGAGACUUACAAGUGUCAGAACUAGAAAGGGAUGAUUAGCUAGAUAACUUGAAAAAGGAAAUAGCUAACAUCAUCGCUUAGAAAUGUGUAAAUACUACAGAUGGCAAGUAGUUCCCUGUAAGUAUCAUUAUGAAAGCCAUGAAUGAGGUUAAUGCCAAGAUUAAUCCAAAGCAGACUGCUAAAAAGCAAGCAUUAGACUUCAUUGGAGAAUUAAAGAAAGUCAUCCCAAUUGAGAGAGCAAAGAUGAGACUUAAGAUAUCAUUUGAAAGUUAGGAAUAGCAAGAAAAGAUGAAAGACUUCAUUGAAAAAGAACAUUAAAACGACUGUGAAAUAGAAAGACUAGGAGAAAGACUGAUGCAACUGCAAAUACAGCCAAAUAUGUUUAGAGAACUAAGCAAUGUAGUCAAGGAAAACAAGGAAUUCUAUAAUGGAGUUGUCAUUGAGAUUCAGGAUUAGCAGGUUGUACAGAAUGCUGAGCAGGAUGCUGAAGAGGAAGUCAAGCAGAGCACCAGUGACAAAGGUUCAGCCAAAAAGAAGAAGAAGGGAGAUAAGUAGUGA